UUCGAACCAAAGAAAUGUCGCACAAAGCCCGAACGUUGCCCAACCGCCGAGACACAACGGAGAAGAGAAGCCCAGCUUUUUCAAGAAGCUGUCUGCCAUCUUGUGCUGUGGUGGAGGUAGCUCAUAGAUUACACUCCGCGCCUCCGUUUUCGAGCAUUUGGCGUUCAGCACUCAUGUCGUUUCCAUCAUAGCAUCCCAGAAAAGUUGUUCCAGUCGUUUGCUGCGUUUGUACAGAAGGUAGUUUGUAAUGAUUCAUAGACGGAUCGAAAGUCUCUCAUCAGGUCAGUCAAGGUCAAGUAUAUUUGGUAAACCGGUCAUUCACGACACACUGAAAUCUGGAUGGAUUGUUUCUUUCCUUGUUCUUGUCUCUUUCUCCGUUCCUGCUGCUGCUGCUGCGUUGGAAGGGAGGAUCAUGGGACUGAGGGCUUUUGGGCUGGCGCGUGAGGCGUUGAGAGCUUUGCUUUGCUUGCUUUGGGGGAUGCGCUUGCGACUGUUUUAUCCAUUUUGGUUCCGUUUUUUUUGUUUAAGCGUAAUCGGUGCGGUGGUGGUAUGGCAGCGAAAACAGCAUGUGCAGAUGGGGGGAAGUCUUGGUGAGGGAAGAUGUCAUUGAUAGGAGGGUUGUGCGUACCCUGCUGCCGGCUUUGGUAGGGUGUGCAAGCAAUCAUAUAUAUAUAGAUGGUAUCGGUUUCGAUUCUGAAGCUUGG